UGAUGGUCACGCAUUGCCUGGUGGGAAACAAACAUGGCGACCAUAGAGGAAGCCAUCUGUAAUGUUCACCAACUUGAAACAAUCAUCCUCCCUGACGAACAGCCACAGAUAGAAGCACCRCCAGCCUCAGUUACAUACACUGCUAACUUUGACACCAACUUCGAAGACAAUAAAGCUUUUAUAACCUGCAUUAGCAAGUAUUUAGAAGAAGCUGAAGUACACAAGGGCUUGAUUGAACUGUUAGAAGAAGGAGAUAAAUAUGCUGUCGUACUUUAUACAUGGAGGAGCUGCUCAAGAGCUAUGCCAUCGGUCAAAAGUGAUGAUCAACCAAACAGAGUUGAGAUUUAUGAGAAGGCAGUGGAUGUGCUUGAACCAGAAAUAAAAAAACUCAAAGGUUUCAUGUACUUUGCUGGCCAGGCAGUAGAGCGGUUUUGCCGUGAAAUAAACACACUCAGCCAUCCAGAGAGAAGAAAAGACUUCAUAUCAGAAAGAUAUUUACUGACGCUAGGAAGAUUCAUUAAUAUGUUUGUYAUCCUUGAUGCAUUGAAGAACAUGAAAGCUUGUUUGAAUAAUGACUAUUCUAUGUUUAAAAGAGCUGACACUUUCCUAAGGAGAGGUACUGGUGAUGUGUCUAUGAUUCAAGAGAGUCAAGAGUUAACACUGUUUCUGGCCCACCAGAACAAGAUCACAAUGAUGCUAAAAGAUGGCUUACAGAAGAUYCAAGGWUAUGAAGAUGUGCUUGCAGACGUCGUCAGUUURUGCUGUAAACUCUAUGAGACAAACAUGUACAUUCUUCCUAAGGAAAARCAUAUGCUUCUGAAGGUGAUGGGUUUCACAAUAUUUUUAAUGGAUGGCAAAGAUACCAAUAUUCUUAAAAUGGAUCAAAAGAAGCUGAUCAGYAUGUCAAAAAUUGAUAAAAUGUUCAAGCAAUUACCUGUUGUUCCUUUGUUUGGAGACAUUCAAAUUGGCCUUGCCAGCUAUAUAAAGAUGUGUCCCCACUAUGACAGUAUGAAGGAGAAAUGGACGUGUACAAGUGACAAUGCAGAYGAUAAGAUAAUAUCACAGUACAGGUUGACUGACAGAAUGGACAUGAUUAGAGAAGAACACGUCAGGUUCAUCAGUGAACUGGCCAGAUAUAACAACGAGAUGAUCACCUCGACAUCUAACCCAAGAGAUGACCUCCAGUACAAAGAAUUGAGACAUCUUGCACUUCGUGGACUGCAGCUACUGUCUAGCUGGACUUGCCAAGUGACUGAACUUUAUUCUUGGAAACUGCUUCAUCCUGUUGACAAAUAUGCCAACCCUGAAUGCCCAGAAACUGCAGAGGAAUAUGAAAGGGCAACAAGAUACAAUUAUAACAGUGAAGAGAAGUUUAAUUUAGUAGAGGUCAUUGCCAUGAUCAAAGGACUAUAUGGUUUAAUGGCAAGACUAGAGCCAGUAUUCUCUGAGGCCAUUAGACAUUCCAUACACAAAGACUUCCAAGAAUUUAUUCAAGUUGGUUUACGAGAGCCAGUGAGAAAGGCUGUCAAAAAGAAAGCCAAUAGCCUCAUGAAAUCGGUUCUUAUGUCUAUACGAGACACUGGUGGUGACUGGAUAGAUGCCAUGUUUGGYGAAAAAGACCCAGUCCUAAAAGGUGAAAAAGAUGUCAAGACAGGAUAUCACGUAGAGAUCCCAGAAAGAGAUGUUGGUCCUUCAAGUACACAGCUGUACAUGGUUCGAACAAUGCUUGAGUCCUUGAUUUCUGAGAAAGGUGGAAAACAAGUKAUGCGCAAAGACCUGGCAAAGGAACACAUAGAAGCCAUUGAAAGCUUCCUGAAAAACUCCUUCUUCUUUGAGCAUCUGCUUUGCUUUGAUGAAGUGAUGAGAGAGUCUUGYGAUUUGUCACAAUUGUGGUUUAGAGAAUUUUACUUGGAGCUGACUAUGGGUGCUAGAAUACAGUUUCCCAUUGAAAUGUCAAUGCCAUGGAUUCUUACUAAUCACAUCCUGGAGACCAAGGAACCAAGUAUGAUGGAGUAUGUUCUUUAUCCUCUUGACCUCUACAACGACAGUGCUCAUUAUGCCUUGACYACRUUCAAGAAACAGUUUCUCUAUGAUGAAGUUGAAGCAGAAGUGAAUUUGUGUUUUGAUCAGUUUGUGUACAAGCUCAGUGAUCAAGUAUUUGCAUACUAUAAGUACCAAGCUUGCAAUAUGUAUCUCAAUAAACGUUUCAAGGGAGAGUGUGCAAAGCUUAAUAUUGAUUUGAAUGCUGGACAUGAAGCUCGUGCAAAUAGAUAUGAGAGUCUUUUGAAACAAAGACAUGUACAGUUGCUUGGUCGUUCAAUUGACCUCAACAAGAUGAUAACUCAAAGAAUCAACGGGUCGCUGUUAMGAUCGCUGGACUACGCUAUAAGUCGAUUUGAAAGUGGAGACUUGUGUGGGAUAGUGGAUCUUGAAAACUUACUCGAGGUAAACAGGAUUGCACACUCCCUUCUGUCUAAACACCUGACACUAGUACCAUUCAAGACAAUGCUACAAGAAGCUAACCACUCCGUGUCAGCUCCAUAUGGACGAAUCACACUACACGUGUUUUGGGAACUCAACUUUGAUUUCUUGCCAAACUAUUGCUACAACUCAUCCACAAACAGGUUUGUGCCAACCUCGUUAUCAUACGUUGACAAGGUUCCCAGGGAAGCACCGCCAAAGGGAGCCCAUCAGUUGUUUUAUGGUUCCAAGAACCAGAAUUCAGUAUUCAACGCUAUCAACUCCCUGUACAGCAAYUUCUUCGGUGACAUCCACUUCAGCUGUCUUGCACGUUUACUUGGGUACCAGGGCAUCGCGGUUGUUAUCGAGGAGCUUCUAAAGAUCGUCAAGAGUCUGUUYCAGGGACAAAUUCAGCAGUACGUUGCUCAACUUAUGGAAGGAAUGCCUAAAAAGUGUGCUUUACCACGUUAUGAAUAUGGAUCAACAGGUGUGCUGGAGUAUUAUCAUGCUAACCUGGAACCAAUCAUGCAGUAUCCUGAGUUAAGAGUGAAUGUAUUCCAGGGAUUUCGAGAGAUCGGUAACGCUGUGUUGUUCACGUUGCUAAUGGAAACAAUGCUGUCACAAGAGGAAGUGAUGGAUCUCCUCCAUGCUGCCCCAUUCCAAGGAAUAAUACCAAGACCUUACCUGAAAGAGGGAGAAAAACUUGAAGGUAAAAUGAAAAAGCUCGAGGCUCAGUACAGCUCACUGCAAGUCGUGUCAAUUAUCAAUAGACUGGGCACUAGAGAGCAAAUAACCAACGCCAAGGAAGGAGAUCUUCUAACCAAAGAAAGACUUUGUUGUGGUUUGUCAAUAUUUGAAGUUGUUCUAAGAAGAAUCAAGUCAUUUCUAACGGCAGAUGUUUGGAAAGAACCUCCWGCAGCAAAUGGCGUUMUUAGUAUCGAUGAGUGUCGGGAAUUUCAUCGACUGUGGAGCGCAAUACAGUUUAACUACUGCCAGCCACUCAGACAGCAUGAACUGACUGUAGAGGAGUGUUUUGGUGAAGGUCUUAACUGGGCCGGAUGUGUAGUAAUAGCUCUUCUUGGACAACAAAAACGCUUUGAAGCGUUGGAUUUUUGCUACCACAUCGUCAAAGUACAUGAGGUUGAUUUCCGAGAUGAGGUGGUGGCUGGCGUGGAUCUCAAGAGGCUCGUCAAACGGGCUCGUCAUUUCAAAGCUCUCAACAAUCAAAUAUUCGCCAUUCUCAACAAACAUUUAAAAUCGGCUGAUGGUCCCGUGGAACAUGUACGGUGCUUUCAACCACCUAUCCAUCAAGCGUUUGUCUCGCCCAUUUAAUUCAUGACCACACCUUUUGGUGGCAUUCAAUACACUGUAAGCACGUAGUCCAUGAAACGUUAYUGUAAGUUUUAUACUAAAUGGAACUAAAUUGCUUGAUUUMGCUWCAUGAAAUAGCUACUUGAAUGGGAAGUUUGCAAAAGAGUUCUUAUUACUUGGAAAUGCUUGGUGCAUUAUCUAGUAUGAGUAAUCGUUCCGUAAACGAGGUUUUCUUGAACUGAGUGAAGUCAAGCUACUACUGAGUAAUUGCUGUUUCGUGCUAAACAGAGUUGAGGUUCGUAUGAGUAAAAUGGAAAUGACGAAUGAUGAUUCCAUGUAAAAAUCGAAUUUAYCUUAUUGUCASUUUAAUGGUGUUUYAGUUUUCGUAUCGUUGUUGUACUGUAGUCGUGUCGUCGUCAUUUCCCCACUCAUACAAAGUCAACUCUGGUUUCAAUUAUUCGGUACUGUUUCAUGACUACAGUGUUUACACGUGAUUCCUAUUUUUAUAACUGUUUUUAAACCCUGCUUACGCCAUUAGYUUUUAUUCUUCGAUAUGAAAUAGAAAACUCGACGCACAUUACGCGACGUCCAAUAUCCCAAUAGAUUGCCUCUCUUCGAGUUGCUCUCUUCUUCAUGUGACGAAAUACUCUAAAAUCUCUUGAAAAAACGGAUACCUUAGAUUCUUUAGAACUGUUCGUUGUUCAGAGGUUUCUAAAUGUUAUUCAGGGCUAUUUUGGAUGUCCGUGUUAUAGAGAUGGUCGCAUAAUAGAGGCUCUGUCGGCACAACUACUAAAUCACCUGUCGGUCGCUCUAUACCAGGCUGUUUUSUUGUGGAUGRGGCAUAUGCAYCUCCUUUUUUACUUUCUGAUCGUUUAUAAGGCKUUUAUAUGUGUWSACGGAGYCUCUAAAAAUUGCGUCUUCGCUUCACGGGUCUAGUUUUUGAUCAGUUUGAYCGYGAGUUCASCCGAACCUGGUCUCGACUAUGACGAGAAAGAACAGWCAGUUUGGCAGCAAGAACUGUYCUACUUCCAAAGCAGCCACGUAGUCUGUGUUUGCAUUGCAACACUUAUAAAUUCUACAUAAAAAAGCAUUUGUAUAUUUUUGAUACUAUAAAAAAAAAACAAUUUUGACAUAAAAUAAAAUAUAAAUAUAUAGAAUCCAUUAAACCUUUGAAACAUAACUGGCACCAAAAUGGUGUUGAGAUGUGGCUUCGUCUCUGAAAACAUGGUUUUCAACUAGUGUUUAUUCAUAGCCAUUUCUUGAACAGACGAAUUAAAAUCGAUUUAUCAACCUGA